GGUUGUCCUUAGCGUCGAGCAGGAUAACAAUCCACGAUAGUCCCAACAGAAAUUGAAGCCCAUUUAUUUUCCCAAUGGAGACGAGAUCGAUGGCCAGAGCACGAAGGGCGAGGGAAGCCGCUGAGGCAGCUGUCAAGGCCAGUACUACAAUCAACAAUUUACCGGACGAUUGUCUAUUCCACAUAUUCGGUUUUUUACCUUUGGAGGAUCGUUUUCGAUCAACAGCAGUAUGCAAACGUUGGAGAGAUUUUGGGUCCGAUUCUUGGCACAACCUCCAAAAACUCGAUCUGAUCAGUCUCGAGAAGUCAAAGCAUCCGUUGUCUUUCGCACCUAGAAACAGACCUAGGCGCAAUCGGUUCUACAGAUACUAUCGUGAUGAUGAUGACGCUGAUGAUGAAGAGGAUAGCUAUGAGGAUGAUGAGAAUACCCGCGUGAGGUUCACGAUAAAGUACCCAAAAUUGAUGACACUUUGUGGAGGAUUCGUAAAAAUCCUGAUGCUCCCAGUCCCAAGCCGUUUCGAUAUCAUUCGAGAGGCCUCCGAGACAAGUCGAAAUCUGAAGAGAAUUGUCAUUCGUUUUGAAAAUUUUCGCGACAAGGGGAGACAGAGCAAACACCUGGGGCGAUUGUUUGCGAAGAACAGAGGGACACUACGAAGCGUGAUAAUUGAUAACAUGCAGGAUUUUUCGGUAUAUACUGGAUGUCUUCUUGAAUUACCCAAGAAGUUGGUGGAGCUACAAUUGUGGGGGUACAAGGCUCAUUAUGCACGUUACGCAGAAAGCGCGCGCACACCAUAUUUUAAUCGUUUUGUUCCAGCACUGAAAAGACUGAAGAAUUUGGAAAUCCUAGUAUUGAACGGCCUUCAAAUUUCCGGAGAUCAACUUGCAAUGAUUGGGAACUUCGAUAAUUUGCGAUAUCUCGAGAUUUUUAGGAGCACCCCUAGCAGGCCAGUUCCCUUCGAGAUACAGGCAAUCGCAAGUCGCCAUAAACUGGAGUAUCUCUCACUGCAGAAUGUGAAGAAUAUGACCGCUGGUUGGUUCGCAGAUCUCGUGAGGAAUAAUCCAGACUUGAAGCAUUUGAAAUUGCAGACUUGCGCAUUGCGACCGGAAUUCAUUCAGCAAUUAUUCGCAUUGUCUAAACUGGAGACUCUGAGCCUGACCUAUCUGCAUAUCGCGCCCGAGUCCCUCGAUCUGACGGGAUUUCCCAAUCUCCAGAAAUUCGUCUGCACCACCGCUGGGGAUCAGGCGGUCAUCAUACUGCUGGAGACAGCAUUAAACCUCAAGUUGAUCAAUCUGAGCAAAUCUGAAGGAGUGACACCCCUAGUGCUGCAUAAAGCUCACGUAGUCACCAGUACUCGCACGAAUAAUGUGCCUCUUCACGUUGUCGUCGAGAGCUAUGUUCUCAGGGAAUGGCAGAAGCCAACUAGGCCGUCCCCACUUCUCACUGUGGAACACUCAUACGAUUUCGAAGAGCGCACUCGUUAUGGAUAUGAAUGCAACGAAGAGGAAUUGUUUUAUUGAGAGACAAGUGCUGAGAGAAUUGUAAAAUAAUUGUUGUGAUACAAAAAAAUCUCGAUGAUGUUUUGGGUAAUUUAAAUAAUUGUCUCUUGUCUUAGUUUUGAGGCUU